AAAUCGCAAAUAACACAAACAUUUCGUUAGUCCAGGAAUUGUAACAAUGAUACUUUUCAGCACAGUUCUACUCUUUGUAAUCCUAACUGUAAAAUUUUACUACAAAUGGAAAUUCAAUUAUUGGCGCCGUAAAAAAAUCCCGACUUUGCCCCCUAAAAUCCCUUUCGGCAACCUCCCCAACCCCUUGAAACAGCAGGAAACAACCGGUGUCCACAUUAAACUGCUAUAUGACCAAAUCAAAGACAACGGCUGGAAACACGCAGGUUUAUAUUUUUUGACACGCCCUGUAUACAUGGUAGUGGAUUUAGAGUACGUGAAAAAUAUCCUCACUAAAGAUUUCCAACAUUUCGUCGAUCGUGGAUUUUAUUUCAACGAAAAAGACGAUCCAAUUAGUGCCCAUGUGUUUGCAAUCGGGGGCCAAAAAUGGCGAAAUUUGCGAACAAAACUCACCCCCACUUUCACCUCCGGGAAGAUGAAACAAAUGUUUCAAACACUCCUCGAAUGUAAAACGAGUUUAUUGAAAAGAGUCGACAAAGAACACCAAACUCCGAUUAACAUUAAAGAAAUUUUGGGCUGUUUCACCACUGACAUCAUCGGGUCGUGUGCUUUUGGUCUUGAUUGUAACACUUUUAAAGAGGAAGAUUCGCCGUUUCGAAAAUACGGGAAGAAAGUCUUCGAGUCGAAUCUCCGACGAAGACUCCAAAUCUUCUUCUUCACCCAUUUCCCGUCGCUGGCGCGGGCUUUAAAAGUGCGCCACUUCUCCAAAGACGUUGCUGAUUUCUUCACCAAAGUGGUGAAAGACACUGUUAAUUACCGCGAGGAGAAUAAUUACACCAGGAAAGACUUUAUGCAAUUAUUAAUCGAGUUGAAAAACAGCAAAACUGGUUUGACUCUAGACGAAAUCGCAGCUCAAAGUCUUAUUUUUUUCUUGGCCGGUUUUGAAACCUCUGCAACCACCAUGACUUUUGCUCUUUUCGAACUUGCCAAAAACCAAGAAAUUCAACAGAAAGUGAGAGAGGAGAUUGGGGUAAUUUUAGGAGACGACAAAAUCACAUACGAGGCUCUACAAAAAAUGAAAUUCUUGACCCAAGUAAUAAAUGAAACUUUAAGGAAAUACCCUCCAUUGUCCUUCCUCACACGUGAGUGUGUCAAAGAUUACAAAAUUCCAGAUCAGGAUGUGAUUAUCGAGAAAGGGACUAAAGUUGUAAUUUCGAUACUAGGACUCCACAGAGAUGAGGAUUAUUUUCCUGAUCCUGAAAAGUUUGAUCCUGGGCGUUUUUCGGAGGAUAAUACCGGGUUUCGGGACCAGUUUGCGUAUAUUCCGUUCGGGGAAGGUCCAAGAAUUUGUAUAGGUUUAAGGUUUGGGAUGAUGCAAACUAAAGUCGGAUUAGUUUCUUUGUUGAGGAAAUUUAAAUUUACAGUAAAUAGGAAGACAAGAGAACCAAUAAAAUUUGACGUUAAGGGUUUUAUAUUGGCUGCAGAGGGCGAUAUUUGGCUCAAUGCUCAAAAAGUGUGCUAAUUUUUUGUAAUUUUCAAUAAAACACUUAAAUUA